AUGUGCACGAGUGCUCGUAACAAACAGAGCGGAGAGCUGGCAGCUAUUAAAGUCAUAAAGAUGGAGCCAGAGGAUGAUUUCUCCAUCAUCCAGCAGGAAAUCAUCAUCGUGAAAAGCUGCAAACAUCCCAACAUCGUAGCUUAUUACAGCAGCUACAUACAAGCCAACAAACUGUGGAUCUGUAUGGAGUUCUGCGGCGGAGGUUCCCUUCAGGACAUUUACCACGUGACGGGGCCCCUGUCUGAAGCUCAGAUAUCCUACGUGUGCAGGGAGAUGCUUCAGGGCCUGGACUACCUGCAUGCACAGAAGAAAAUCCACCGAGACAUUAAGGGGGCCAACAUCCUGCUGAACGAUCAGGGCGAGGUCAAGCUGGCUGAUUUUGGGAUCUCGGCCCAGAUCACGGCCACCCUGGCUCGGAGGAUGUCCUUCAUCGGGACGCCGUACUGGAUGGCGCCAGAGGUCGCAGCCGUGGAGAUUAAAGGCGGCUACAACGAACUUUGUGAUAUCUGGUCCGUGGGCAUCACCGCCAUCGAGCUAGCAGAGCUACAGCCUCCGAUGUUCGAUGUCCACCCACUACGAGUUUUGUUUCUCAUGUCGAAGAGCGGCUACCAGCCCCCCAAACUGAAGGACAAAUCAAAAUGGUCGUCUAAUUUCUACAACUUUGUGAAAGCCAUGUUGGUGAGGAACCCGAAGAAAAGACCGAGCGCCUCCAAGAUGCUCUCAAACAUUUUUCUGACCCAGCUGGGUCUGAACCGGGAUCUGACCCUGGACCUGCUGGAGAAAUACAGAAAUCCUGACAAGCUGAAAACCUGCGUGGCGACAGAGGACGACGAGAUGGAAGUGGCGCCUUCCUCAUCAUUUAGGCGGAUCCAGUCCAUUAACAAACACAACCGGGCUGAGAGGACCAACUCUGACAUAAGCUUCGAACAGAUUUACACUCAGAGGCCGACGAAGACCGACUCGCCAAACUUAACGUUAGGAUCAAUGGGAUCAAGAGGCGGUACCAACAGUCCUACGAGGGAGGCAGACACAGACUCAGAUGACUACGAUGAUGUUGGCAUCCCUACGAUACAACCGUCCAGUCUGUUAACGGCAGAAGCUCUAACGCCACCUCCACUUCCUCCAAAGCCUAAAGCUCGUACCAGCUCAGAAGAAAGCAUAACGGCUGAUGACGACCGAACAAAAAAACCCAGCUCUCUGCACGCCGUCUCCUCUCUCAUCAGGACCUCCAGCGGGACACACGUCCGACCCAAGCCCAGCCCACGAGCCUUACGGCACUCAGAUCCUCCAUCAUUACCGAUCCAGCUGAAUGAGAAUCGAGCCGACUGCCUUCCUCCUGAACUUCCACCCAAAGACUUCAGAAGACGAAAACCCCCGUCCAAGGACUACACCGAGUGCCCCAGCCCCGUCGUAAAGAAACCUCCCGUUUACUUUAAAAAGAUUUUCCACGGCAGUCCUCUGAAAAUAAACUGCUCCACAAUGUGGGACAAUCCUGCUUCCAAAGAGCAGCAUCUGAUCCUGGGGGCGGAGGAGGGGAUCUACACCCUGAACCUUCACAGCUCCGAGGCCACCAUGGAGCUGCUGUACCCUGGGAGGUGUACCUGGGUCCACAACGUCAAUAACGUCCUCAUGUCGGUAUCAGGUAAAUCCUCUCAGCUCCACUCUCAUUCACUGAAAGAGUUGUACGAACAUGCUCGGAAAGACCAGAGGAUGGUUCCCUUACCGACCCACAGACUAUUGUCGAGAAAAGGUCCGGUGACGUGUAAAAUACCAGAUACAAAAGGCUGCAAGACCUGCUCAGUUGGAGGGAACUUGCAGCGAGGUUGUGUGUUUCUGUGCUGUGCUCUGGACUCCAGUGUGGUGCUGCUGCAGUGGUACGAGCCCAUGCACAAAUUCAUGCUCAUCAAGCAUUUCGACUUCCCCCUCCCCAACCCCCUGCGGGUGUUUGAGAUGGUGGUGGUGGCCCAGCAGGAGUACCCUCUGGUGUGUAUCGGCGUGUCUCGGGGCUCAAACCCUAAUGUCCCAGUCAACGUGGAUUAUAUCAACCUGAACUCCAGCACGUCCUGGUUCUUCCACUCCGGCCUGGAGAAAUCCAGUCCAGAUGUAGUUCAGGUAAACCAGCUGGACCACAACUCACUGCUUGUUCUCAUGGAGAGGUCGGUACAAAUAGUUGGUUUAGACGGAGAGCUGAGGAGCAACAAACAUCUUCCUCAUGAAACCACCUUUCCUCAUGACGUCGAAUCAAUAGUGUCUUUUGAAGAUACACUUUUGGUUGUUUGGCGUCACGGCUGGCAGCGGAGAGGAAAAGGUUUCUCAGAGGUGCUGGACGAGACGACGGACCACAGGAAGGUCUACAGGAUGGUGAAGUCAGACAGGAUGAUCGUGUUGGAAACGCGUCAAGCCGAAGACCCGUCAGGUCUGUCUAACUUGUACCUUCUGGAAGUGGCUGAGAACUACGUCUCGCUGCCGUGA